AUGACGCAAGUUACUCAUGCUGCUAACUCGCAUGAAACUGAGCUAUGUGUAGACAUAGAAUGGGCUCGCCGGGCUCUGCCUUGUCGCCGACUGACGCCUUCCCCUAGUCACAAUGACCUGGUCCUGUGGGACACAGUAGCACCGCGCAGCGCUCUCCCCGGCUGCAGAGGCGUAGUGGCACCAGGCGGCGCAAGUCACCAUGCGCCCGCCCGCCGCGGCGAAUUAUUCCCUCCUCUCGGACUGCACUUUUCCAGGCACUUAAAGAACAACGAGAGGAGGAGCGCGGGCGCCCACUUAAAGAGGAGCUGCAGGGUGACGCAGAAGGAGAACACCGUAGGAAGGCUUCCCUCGGAGACCAAAACAUCUAUGAAAACCAAAGGGUGCGUCAAGGCCUGCAAGAUGUCACAGGAGAAGAAAGCAGCCAAAGCAUUGCCACAGUCAUCGGCUGCUGUGCAGAAGCCUAAGAAGCAAAUCCCAAUAGCUCUGGGCUACAAGAUGGAGCAGGCUUUAGUUUCUGAAUAUGUCCCUGUUGUCAUCCAUCCUGGGGGGCACAAACCUGAGUCUCUCAGCUUUGCUUUCUACAACCCUAACUACUCCAAUUCUUACACUCCAUUUUACACUUUGCAAAAACCCACCUGUGGUUAUCGUUAUUGUCGAGACACAGAUCACACAAGGAAGGUGCUGGAUGUUGAUAGAGUGGAUUUCCCAAAGUGGAGGACUGUUAUAGGGAAAAAGCCAGGUUUGUCUUCAACAGGCUCAAAACAAUGAGAUUGCCACGCAAUUAGCCUCAGACUUUCAUUCAUAAGGGCAUCUUUCAGCCUCAGCUCAAUCAUUCUCUAAGAUCAUCUAGCAGGAGAUGCCGGAGCUUCAGAAGAAGCAGAUCUGCCUUAACAAGAGCUUCUGGAAUAAAUUGCACCACAGUCACCCAAGUUCUACAGUGAGGGGUACCAAACUCGGCCUUUAGUUGGCAUCUAAAACCAAGGCCUGUGCUGGGGAGAAGCAAUAAAA